AUGUCUGACCUGUCUUCCUCUCCUAGUGCGUCAUCGAACGUGUCGUGUGAAGGUGAUUCUUCAGUGACAUCUGAGGAAAUCAUGGAUGCCGUCGCAAAUCUUUCGACCGAGGAGCGUGAGACGCUUGCUGCUGAAAAAAAGGCAAAGGGCAAUGAGUUCUUCUUGAAAGGUGACUAUGUCCAAGCCAAGGCCCUCUAUACAGAAUCCAUUGCGCUCUAUCCAAAAGUAGCGGCUGUAUUCAGUAACCGUGCGAUGUGUGAGCUGAAAAUGGAGCAGCAUGGACUGGCUAUUGCCGAUGCAGACAAGGCCAUUGCGUUGGACCCCAAAUUCGCCAAGGCCUAUUACCGCCGUGCGAGUGCUCACCUGUCUAUUUUGGACCCUAAGGCGGCUCUUCCUGAUCUUCGCAUGGUCCUGAAGCUGGAGCCUAAGAAUGCCACUGUCAAAGUGCAACUUGACGCCACAGUCAAGCUCGUCAGGCGUCUGGAAUUUGAAAAAGCCAUUCGCGUGGAAGAAGGUGUACCGCCAAGUCGCACUAUUGAGGAGUACAUUGAACAGGGUGCUGGUGGAUCCAUGAUCCCUGCGGAUUACAGCGGCCCGCGUCUUCCUACCGAGGCGGCCGAGGGCACCAUCAUUUCUCCCGCCGUGGAGGACAAGCCUUUCCUCGGCCGCAUUGAUGAUGCGUUCAUUGACAGCAUGCUAGCGCAUUUCAAGGACGGAAAGAAGCUGCCCAAUGGUAUUGCAUGGUCCAUUAUCCUCGGUGGUAUACGUGCAUUCCAGCAGGAACCUGCUUUGGUCGAAUAUGAUAUCCCAGCCGACACUACCAUUGCGGUGGUAGGUGACACUCAUGGCCAGUUCUAUGACUUUUUGCACCUGCUCACCAAAACAGGUCGUCCGUCCAAGGAUCAUGCGGUCUUGUUCAAUGGCGACUUUGUGGAUCGAGGAUCAUGGUCGGUCGAAAUUGCUCUCACUAUUUUCGCGUUCAAGUGGCUAUACCCGAAGACAACCCUCGUGAACCGUGGCAAUCAUGAAACGAGUGAUAUGAACAAAGUAUAUGGCUUUGAAGGCGAAUGCAAGGCCAAGUUUGGCGGAGACAUUACAUUUAAGCUUUUCACUGAGGCCUUUAUCGCGAUUCCUUUGGCCACGCUGGUGUCACCGACCAAGGCGCCGCUACCUGCAGACCGACUGCCUGCAAGUGCCAGCAAGUCACUGGCUCACACGGUCCCUAUUUUGAACAAAGACACAGGCUUUAAACGGUACUUUGUGGUCCAUGGUGGUCUGUUCAGCAAGGACAAUGUCACUUUGGACGAUAUUCGUGCUAUUGACCGAUUUGCCAAGAAGCAGCCAGGCCAGGAAGGUUUGAUGAUGGAGCUUCUAUGGAGUGAUCCACAGACUGCCCCCGGCCGCGGCCCCAGCAAGCGUGGUGUGGGUCUUGGCUUUGGCCCUGAUAUCACUCGGGCAUGGUGCGAGCUGAACGGCAUUACAAGUGUACUGCGCAGUCACGAAGUGCGUCAAAACGGUUUUGCCGAGGAGCACGAAGGUCUGUGCUGCACUGUCUUCUCGGCUCCUAACUACUGCGACUCGGCAGGCAACCUAGGUGCUUUUGCUCUUAUUGACGACCAGGGCACACUCUCCUGGACGACCUUUGAGGCGCAGCCGCACCCGAACAUUCGUCCGAUGGCCUAUGCUGGAGGUAUGGGAGGCUUGCUGGCAUAA